UUGACAGUGACAUCAACUUGACAGUUGAUCUAAAUAAAAAAUCAGUCGAAAUCGAAAAUAGGUUAUAAUUUAAGAAUAUAAUGCAAUAAGAUCUUUUAUCUGUAAACAAGUUUAAUAUUAAACCGAAACCAUGGCUUUUAUGCCAAUACGGAUGCAUGUUAUGCGUUUAAUUGGACAAAAGGGCCAGUAUUCCAUAUUAUUGCAAAGGUCUAUGGCUUAUAAAAGCGCAAUUUCCUUGGAAACUUUGUACCCCAAUAGUUCUCUGAAACUAACAACUCCUUCCUUUUCUUCAAAUUCAGAUGAGAAAUUCACGGGAUAUAUACCAAUUGAGAAGUUGGACAUCAAAUACAGUGCGAGUUCGGGUCCUGGGGGCCAAAAUGUGAAUAAGGUACACACAAAAGUAGAUCUAAGAUUCAAACUCGACGAGGCAGAUUGGAUUCCUCAAGAGAUCAGAGAGAAGAUGUUGGAAAUUCAUGGUAGAAAACUGACAAAGGAAGGUUUCUUCAUCCUCCGCUCGGAUGUAACCCGCUCCCAGCAGCUGAACCUGGCCGACUGCCUGCAGAAACUUAGGAAUAUCAUAAGAGAAGCUGCCGUCACCAAGAAACAACCAGCACCAGAAACGGAAGAAAGGAUAAGGCAAAGACAUUUAAAGGCGGCACGAUUGCGUGUUGCUGUCAAACGUGAAGAUGCGUUGAAGCGCGCCAUGAGGAAGCCGCCAACUGUCGUAGACUUAUGAUUUUUCUAUUAAAUUGGGCAUACAUUUUUACAUCAACUGAAUUCUAAAAGCGACUGAAUUUCUCUACUUGGAUCAUAAAAAAUAAAAAAAAUAGUAAAAUCAAAUGUCGCCAGUAAUACCUUUCCUUUGUGAAAAAUGCAAAAGUAGAUUGUUUACAAUUUUUGCUAAUAAAGAAUUCAGAUUGAUGGACGCCAUUUUGAAAAAAAAAAUAAUAAAAAUGGCGGUAAUAAAACAGAUUUGUAAUAUAAAUAGUUCAAUGUAAAUUUCAAGUAACUAAAACUUGACUAUUUUGAUUACAAAAGCUGUUGUAGUAUGCCCAAUUUAAUUGUUAUCAGUAAAUAAUGUGUAGAUUUAUAAAUAAAUAAUAAACAUUUAAUUA